AUGUCAAUCAAUGGUGUUGAAUUGCUUUUUUCACAGGAUAGAAUUGGUGACUUAACAUCUGUGGGGGAGACUCUCCCCGGAAAUAGGGUUCAUGGUAAAGAUAUCCUUGGUUCUGGCAUCAUUAACAAUCAACCUCCAGAAAGAGCCACGGGUCAUCAUGUCUUCUCUCACAAUGAAACCCACGCAGAUGAAAGUCAUCUGAAUUCAGCUGGCAAUCUGAUCAGACAUAGGCAUCUGAGUGAACCUACAGAUAGAAAUUUGAUGUUUAAUGGUGAGACGCAUGCAGUAUUUACUGGUGGACGAUCUGUGCAAAAUUCUCUGGGCCCUGAUAGAGAGGGCGCUGGGCCUCGGCAUCAUAGCCCAUUGGAUAAAGAUGCAAUGAGCAUGAGGGCAGAGAGAUUGCAGAUAACAUGAUGUUUCUCCCUCGUAGUGUACAUAAAGAGACUGUAUCCCCUGUUUCUAAAGGU